UAAGACGAUCAAGUGGAUUUGAACCAAGUGAAUUUAAGAUGUUUUUCGUAACCUUACUUUGGUUUUUCUUCGCCAUUUCUCCUGUUGUUUCGGUAUUUAAGGGAGCAUUUAUUCUUCCACAUGGUGGUAUUGCUUUGGACCCUUUUCAUUUCAAUACAACCAACAAAACAGCUAAAGCACAAGCCUGGGAGAUCCAUAAAGCAGCAUUACAAGUAGGUCAGGUAAUAACAUCCUUAAAUCCUGAUGUUAUUAUACUCAGUACCCCGCAUGGUAUCUCAGCCGCAGAAGACUUUGUUUUCUAUUUGAGCCCACAAGGUUAUGGGUCAGCAGAUACAGAUAAUUGUGUAUGCCCACCUUGUUGUUAUAACCUGUCUGUUCCCAUGGAUACAGACGUGACAUCAAAACUUGUGGACUUCUUGAAAGGUUCUAAUAAAGUGACAUUUCUAAGUGCUUUUGGCCCACCAGGGGAGGAAGAUGUCCCAUUUCCUUUACGCUGGGGGGAAAUUGUUCCUAUUUACUUCAGUAAGGAAGUUCUUGGUAAAACAAAGUUUGUCUUUUUGUCACAUCCGAGUCGGAGAUAUACUGAUGAUGUCAUCAUGAUUCCUGAGUUAUACCACCUUGGUAGUAAUCUACGUCAUUUCGUUGACUCACUGAACAAAUCGGUUGCCAUGGUAAUCAGUGCUGAUCUAGCUCACACUCACUUGAAGUCAGGUCCAUAUGGGUUUUCAACAGCAGCUGAACCAUUUGAUAAUGCAUGUGGUAAAUGGGUCACAGGUCAAGACUCAGAAGUAUUACUUGUAGAAGCUGCUGGGUAUGUAGACAAAGCCUUGUCAUGUGGUUACACAGGAUUUGUGAUGUUGGAUGGCAUGCUGAAAAGUGGGACAAGCAUUAACUGGAAGUCACAUCUCUAUGUAAAUAAGCAUCCUAGUUAUUAUGGCAUGAUGGUAGCUUCCUUUCUUCCCACAUAGAUUAAAUCAAAUACUGUAGAUUAAUCCUUCGAAUGUUCCCUUCUAGCAGAGUAGAGUUUCCCUCAUUUAAUCCCAUUUUCUCUGACAAGAAUUGCCAACGAGGGAUACUCUGCUAACAGGGAACUUCAAAUGUUUCCACUACAUUAAUUGUCACUUUUAUUAAAUACGUAUUAUAGAAAACAUCAGUCAUAAUUUUUCUACAUAAUGCCAAUAUCAAAAACGUUUUGAAAAAACAAAGGCUAAAAGAAAAAUAAUUUCAAUCAUAAGUAAUUAAUAGGAUAYAAAUUUAGAAAGAUUUAAAGAUUAUUUAUUCUAUUGGGCACAUGCAAUAUAACAUUAAUAUGAAAAAUAAGGUUGACCCAAAAAGAUAAUCACACUUCCUUCAUGUUUGAUACUAAAAAUAAUAUUUGACAGCCGUUCUAAUUUCUGUUGCCAUUUUGCAUAGUAUCACAACUCUGUCCUUUAUGACCAAACGUUAAUUUUUACUAGAUAAAAAUUCCCAAUUUUCAUAUGAUUUACCCUCUUAAAAAAUAAAUGAACCAUUUUAUUUAUAUUUGAUGAGAAGUUUUUUCAUAAACGACUCGUAAUAUUUUGUAUGAGGACUAAGGAUCGGAGUUCUUUCAUGCUUCUUUCAUGUCCUUGAAAAUUUAUUUCCUUUUUUAAGUAGUUUGCUCUUCUUUCGCGUCUCGUGUCAAUCAGGAACCAUACAUCCAUCUUUUGUUUCUAUACUUCUUGUUUUAAUGAACUUCUGAGCUUUUGUUUAUAGGUAUCUAGGCUCUUGAGUGAUUUCUGAAGUUUAGAAUAAAGCUCUGCCUUGAUCAAAUAAACAAUCAUYUUGUUUAAGGCAUUCAUCCUUGAGGUUUUUCCCUUUUCCUUCAUUACUGCACAUGAGUUCUUGUGUUUUAUGACUUGCUUGUUUUUUCCCAUUUUCCAUUCACUUUCCCAGUUUUCCUUUUUAAUGGGAACAGAUUACAGUGUAUUCACGACUCUGAGAGUUUUACUUGGGUUGAGGAUGCGUCAUUUACCUGUAGUUCCACCGUUAUAAUGUUGACGGUGAUGGCGUUAAUAAUUUAUGUCUUUCACAAGCCUCGUUUAAAAUAUCCAAAAAAUUACACUUUUUUACUAUAAAAAAAAUGAAGAUCUUCGUUGGAUUUUUAUGCUGUUUAGAUGCUUUGCACAGAAACUUCAGACUAAAAAUUGAAUGUGAGCUGCAACCACAAGCGCUGCUAUUUUAUCCUUGCAGAUAGCUGACCAUUAAUGCAAUUUCAUUUAUUUUUAAUUUAAACGGCGUUACAACAAACAGCGUGUAAAUGAAUAAUUAUGAUGACGAAUAAGGAAAUAUGAAGGGUUAAAAAAAGUCUCGCGUGUAAACAGUAAAGCGAUGAUAACUUUAAUUUUUGGCCCACCAUUUGUACGCUUAACAUGGCGGAUGUAAAUUGUUGAUAAAAUGAUAUUUGAUGUG